UGAUUGGUCAAAGUUGGCGAUGUUCUCGCGAGAAUUACAAUUUAUAAACAAUGAGUGGAAAACACCAUCUGCUAUUUUUAGACUAAAAAAGAAAGUAGACGGCAUCGGGCAUGGAAGAGAGUUCUACACCAUACGAUCAUGCGAAGUUCAAAGAAUUGGAAAGCUUUGGUUUGAAAAAUUUAGUGCAGAUCAGGACAACUUUUAAUGUGUAUCUAGACUUAUGUGAAGUGAGAGGAUGGUGGAAUGUGAAGCUACAUGGACGUAAAGACCUUGACCUGGCCUUCAUUUCAGGUCACCCCACAAGAGAGGAACCCAGAGAAAUUAUUUUGCCCCUUUUGAGUUCAGACAGUAUCAGCACACACUGCCUACAGCAGUAUCUAAAGGAAAUUAAAGUUGAUGGCUAUGAAACUCAUGGAAUAACAUUAGCUAUCUGUGAUGCAGACACUACCACAGUAUACUACAAGAUAGCAGAAGGGUUAGUGACCCCUGAACCCCCAGAGGUCACAGAGGUGAAAAAGGUGCAAAGAUUUGAAUUGAUGAGGAAACGUCAACUCAACACACAAAGAGCCAUUCAGACCUAUAAAACUGCAAAGCUAAAUGACAGUACACCUCAGGAGGGUGAGGGGGUCAUCACCGAGGAGAGGUCCUCUAUGACUUAACUGGUGGACUUCAUAAAGAACUAUUUUAUUGUAGCACUGCCUGUUCAGUUGAGAAGAACCCACUUUACAAUAGCUCUAAAUGGAAAAUGAUAAGAGAGGAGAGUGGUGUUUUAUUGUCCUUAAUUGAAGUUUGCCUUAGGGUUAAAGAUGUAUUUUUUUAUCUGGUUUAUUGUUUCCAGCUUGACAACAGACUUAAUGGAUAAAGAAAUAAAGUAAACAAGAUGUCUGAUAAAGUCUUAGAUACAGGUUUUAUUGUCAUUGAAAACUAUUUCAGAGUAUUCAGUAAAUAAACUAUUGUAUGAAUAUGUCCAUGUGUUUUUAGUUUGCAAUAAUUUUUCAAGGGAAAGAUUUAGUAAUUGAUUUUAGAUGAUUGUUUUGUGCCGAGAUCUAUUGUGUUAUCAUAAUGAAAUUUUGCCCAUACUUCACUGUUGUCAAAUAUAUAGAAAAACAUUUCAAUAUUAACAUUUCUUGUACUGUUGUUCGCAAUCUAAACCCAAAAUUUGUAAUUAAUUCCAUUCUUCUUAAUGAGGACGUGUAGUCAGUUUUGGAAGCCCUGAUGAAAUUCUUAAAUUACAUGUAUUUUUUUUUGUUCAUCUGUGAAAAAAGGUUGAUUCUGUUAAUCAAAAUCAAUUAUUUUUUAGAAUAUCUGAAAUUAGUAGGCAUUUUGACCUUUCUCUCAAUGAACACACAUCUCUACCCUAAAAUCUGUCACUGAGAGGGAGCCAGCCAGACUGAUUAAAUGAGCUAGCUAGUGUAUAUCUUAUGAACUUGACAUUUUAUAAUAUGAAUCAAAUAUUACUUAUUACCAUACCCUUCUAUAAAUAAUUUAGUUAGUUACUUUGGUUACUAGCUGUAGCUUUUAGAUAUGCUAAGAAUUUGAUUGAAUAGUUAAUCACUAAUAGUUUAAUGGGAUUGGUGAUGAUUAAACAAUAAAAUUCUUUUUUUUUUUUUUUGUUAAUGCAGGGAUAAUGGGUGCGACAUUGCAGGAAAAAUACAUAAUCAAUGUAAACAGGGUAUGUAAGGUAUGUUAAUUUUUUUUUUUUUUUUGCAAUGAUUUCAACUGUUAGUCCCCGCAAAGAAUAUUCCUGUUAUUUGUAUUAUUGGUCUAUAUGUAAGAUUGAUGGAAGAGCCCAUUUCUUAAAAAAAUCUUUUAAACAGACGGUUUUAUAAAUAGUUUAUUAUAAAUGCAUGGAUUGAUAAUGGCAGUGGGUUUUCGUAAGAAAUAAAGGAGAAAAUAUUCAGUGGAUGUAAAUAUUUAAUACUUGCUGCAUUAUUUUUUUUUUAUUUUUAUGUAACUCACCUCUCAUCAUAUUUUUAUUUUGAAUAAUGACAGUGUACAUCAGAAACAGAGGUCCCUGAUGAGACUGUAGCUCAUAUGUGUGUACUCGUAAGAAAAAAAGCAGCACCUGGAUUGAAACUUAGUAGCUAUGGAAACACAAAUAAAUAAGAAUUAUGAUCUUUGAUUCAGUUUAUUGUUCCAGUUUUUAUUAUAUCAGAUUAAUCAAAAACAAAGGAGGAGUAUUGUUUUGAAGUAAUUCCAACAUUAUCCUAUUUGUUACUAUAAAACAUUGCAAAAUUGUUCAUCUAAAACAGAAAUAUAUUACAUGUAUCUCUUAGUGUGGUCUACUUUGUCCAUGUCAGUGAAAAUCCAAAUAUGUUUAUUGUGUACAAAGUUUUAUUGAAAUCAGACUAAAAUUGUAGUUUGGUGUAGUAGUAGUCUUUUUUCCAUAAAUUUCUAUUGCCAGUAAUCAUGACAACACCGUUCGUGGAAAUAAAAAAAACUAAUAAAGGAAAUCAUGUAUUUUA